ACUUAAUAGUCUAAGAUCAAAUUAGAUGUAAAAGGGUGACGGAUAUAACAACUGAAGUUAUACAAAUUACAAAUAAAUAAUAUAGGUUAAGUAUAAAUACGACUUGAAAAUGUUGCCAUUAUCUCUAUUAAGAACAGCACAAAACCACCCAAUGCUGGUGGAAUUAAAAAAUGGAGAAACAUAUAACGGACAUUUAGUUAGUUGUGAUAAUUGGAUGAAUAUUAAUUUACGAGAAGUUAUCUGUACCUCCAGGGAUGGUGAUAAGUUUUGGAGAAUGCCAGAAUGUUAUAUUAGAGGUAGUACAAUCAAAUAUCUAAGAAUACCAGAUGAAGUGAUUGAUAUGGUGAAAGAAGAUGCAAUGAAUGCGAAAGCUAGAAAUCGUGAUGUCAAAUCCGGCCGUGGAAUUACAGGACAACGAGGUGGUCGUGUUGGUGGGCGAGGUGGUUUUGGAGGAGGUGGUAAUCGCGGUGGUGGUGGUGGUGGUGGCGGUGGAAAUCGAGGAGGUGCCAGAAAUCCACCUUAUAGUAAUCCAAAGAAAAAAUAAUAAAUUUAAUAUUUAAUAACAAAUCGACAACGGGUUCGAAAAUAACGUAAAAGGAAGUUUGUUCUGAUUAUUUAUUGACUAUUUUUGUAAUAAAGUGUAUUACGAUGAAAAAGGACUUUAGUUCAAGCGGUUAUAAAUUAUUGAAAUCAUCAAACUUCCAGUUAAGAAUGGAAUAUUAAGUUAUUGUUGGGAAUCCUCUUUUUUUGAUCU